GAGCUUCCAGUGUGGAGGAGUCAUCAUGUCUCUGCUGGGCCACUUCGGUGCUCUGAGGACCAGAGAGCUGCGAGAGCUGCUGGAAGAUGAAGACAAAAUCAAUGACAUCACCAGGUGCAGUGACAAGUUCCAGGGGCUGCAGAAGGCUGCAGAGAAGAUGCUGGUUUCAAAUCAAAUAAUAGCCAAAGUCGGUCUGUCUCAAAAACCUAAAUUUAGAGAUGCUAAAUUGCUACUUACAAUGAAGUACAAGGAACUGGAAAAUAUUAGAAGUAUUAUCCAGGCCAAACAUGAACAACUUGGUGAGUUUUAAAAUUAUAGUCUGGAUUUCUGCUAUCUUUUUUUAUUACCUAGCUGCCUUAACUCUAUUGCAUAUUUUGUUUUACAGCAGAAAAAUACAGUGUUCAUUAUGCUCAGUGGAGUCUGGUGACGAAGAUAAAUCAUGCAGAGGAGGAGUGUGAGGUAAGUAUUCCUAUC